AUGACUUCUCAUCACUGCAGUUCUCUCCUCAGUGGAAAGGUUCCAGAGGCCAAGCCUGCCUCCCUAUGCCUGUCGGCCACCCUGGCACAUGCCAACCGAAUGCGUGUGCGGGCAACCCCUCUGGGCAAACCCAGCCUCUGUAUGCCCCACAGCUGCCGCACCGCUUGCCCCUUGCCAGGGACCUGCAACAUUCCCAGCAACAUUGGAGUCUGUGAGAACUAUGGGGAAGGCGCCCCGAAUGGCCACGAGAAGGUGACCAUGCAGUUCCUGAACGAUCGCCUGGCCAACUACCUGGAGAAGGUGCGUCAGCUGGAGCGGGACAAUGAGGAGCUAGAGACCAGGAUCCGAAAGUUGAGCAAAUGCCAUGAGUCCACCAUGUGUCCAGACUACCAGUCCUACUUUCAGACCAUUGAAGAGCUCCAGCAGAAGAUCCUGUGCAUCAAAUCUGAGAACAACAGCCUGGUUGUGCAAAUAGACAAUGCCAGGCUGGCUGCAGAUGACUUCAGGACCAAGUACCAGAUGGAGCACUCGCUCUGCCAGCUGGGGGAGGCCGACAUCUGCGGCCUGCGCAGCAUGCUGGAUGACCUCACACUUGCCAAGUGUGACCUGGAGGCCCAGCUGGAGUCCCUCAAGGAGGAGCUGCUCUGCCUUAAGAAGAACCACGAGCAGGAAGUCCACCUUCUGAGGAGCCAGCUGGGGGACAAGCUCCAGAUUAAGCUGGAUGCGGAGCCCACCGUGGACAUGAGCAGGGUGCUGCAGGAGAUGAGAUGCCACUAUGAGGCCUUGGUGCAGACCAACCACAAUGAUCUGGAAGAGUGGUUCCAAGAUCAGUCUGAAAGCAUCAGCAAGCAGGACGUGUCCUGCUCCGAGGAGCUGCGGUGCUGCCAGUCGGAGAUCCUGGAGCUGAGACGCACGGUGAACGCCCUGGAGGUGGAGCUUCAGGCCCAGCAGACACUGAAAGACUGUCUGCAGAACUCCCUGUGUGAAGCUGAUGCCCGCUUCGGCACUGAGCUGGCCCAGAUGCAGGUCCUGAUCAGCAACGUGGAGGAACAGCUGUCUGAGAUCCGGGCUGACCUGGAGCGGCAGAACCAGGAGUACCAGGUGCUGCUGGACGUCAAGGCCCGGCUGGAGGGCGAGAUCAACACGUACCGGAACCUUCUGGAGAGCGAGGAUUGCAAGCUCCCUUGCAACCCAUGUGCUACAACCAAUGCAUGUGACAAGCCCAUUGGGCCUUGUGUCUCCAAUCCUUGUGCAACCCAUGUGUUACAAUAUCUAUUAUCUAUUAUCUAUUGCAAUAUCUAUUAUCACAAUGACACACUUGUGUAA